AAUAAAGGAUGUCCUUGAUCUUCCAGCUUGACUUGGCUCGCUAUAACGGAGACCGUAGGAUUCUUGCGCCGUAUACAGUGCACCCGAGUUGCCAACAGUUCCUGUCGACUUUGUAGCUGUUCCAUUAUUUGAUCCCCAGGCGACUCAUUUAAAUCAGUUCAAAGUUUCAAUGCAUUGUCGGCACUCACAUUACGCAGGAAUUUUGCAUGGUUUAACCGGUUGCGGAUGCAGCAAACAUGAUGUUCGUUCGUUUCAUCUUGUCGCCCACAGGGAGGCAUAGCUCAGUGGUAGAGCAUCCGACCGCAGAUGGGAUUGAUCCCCUGUUCAAAACCGCCUAUCAAUCUGGAUGCAUCGCGACAGUGGAGCAGGUUCCUUUAAUGUCGUGAAUUUGGGAUAGCUGCCACCUAUCUGUCGCACUCUUCACCCGCAAAAUGCCGACUGUCUUGAUUUGGCUCCCCGAAGGUGCCAACAUUUAUGGACAUGCUGCCCUUCAAACGGAUAAGUACCACAUCAGUUUCUGGCCAUUCAAAGGGAAACGCUUUCGAUUCUCUGAGUCAUCGAUAACUGGCCGUCUCCAUUUCCACGAGCAAUUGGAUUGCAUCUCGGAAGGCAGUCCUGAAAAACCCAGAGGACCCACAUCCCGGCACGAAAUCGUCAACGUCACCAACGAGGUCAUCAACCGCGAGUAUGAAAAGUUCCUCCGCUACAACGAAAUCAAUCCGGAAGAGGUGACGCUGGAAGCAGCGAGUAGGAAAUAUUUCCAGCUGUGUCAUAGACAACUUCCUCUGACUCGCUACUCUCUGAUUGGUGACGUCAUAGACGACAAGAGAAUUAAGAAAGUCUAUUCCGAUCUAUUCUUCUUCAUCAAACGUUGCUUGACACCUGGUUGGGGUAACAUUGAUUUUUGUCGUGAGUGUAUUAAUAAGGUGACGACCAAUCAAUUGACCCGUGUUACCUGCCCAUUCUACCACAAGGCUCAAAGUUGCGUUUCGAUGUGUUUCAAUCUCAUCGAAAUGGCCGAUCGUCGUCGCCUUGUCUGUUUGGUGGAGGCUCGCAACAACACCAGACAGACUCUCUGGUCUAGAUUUUGGCAAAUAGUUUCUCUGGGUGGCGGUGGCAUAUGCCUUGAGAUUACCGUACCGAAUUUUGAGAAACAUGUCGUCAAAAAAUAUUGGAUAGAAGGUUCUGGCAAACGAGUUCAUUACGAUUCCAACGAUUUCCAAAAGCGCUCCCGUUUCCUUAUGAUGUCGGAGAAUUUUUUUAAGAAAGUUUUGAUGGUGGGUCCAACUAUCUUUUUCCUGGCGUGGCUUCACAAUUGUUUCAAUUAUUCAUUUCUUUAUUUAUUCGGGUUAACUUGGAUUAUUCACUUGAUUUAUUUCGUGUUGUUGUAUCGGGGGAUGAAAAUGUUUCCUUCUCUGCGUUUACCGAAAGUAGUGGCGUUCAUUGGCGGCCCUCUUAUCUUUUUAUUUUUGUUGCUUAAUAACUUUUUGAUUCACACGACGGCGUUAAAUUUAGGAAAGAAUGGCCUGAUUUUCUUUUUCUUUGUGAAAUUUUAUGAGAUAAUUUUCUGUUUUCUCGUUGAUUAGUGAGUUCAGUUUGUUAUUUUCAUAAAGGACGACUUUUUUAUUGAAAAAUCUUGUAUUAUUUACGUCAUGUGAAUC